AUGCCUAUUGCCGCUCGCCCGCUGCCGCUCCCCUGUCUCGCUUGGCCAUGCUCCGCGUGCCUCCCUGUCGGGCUCCACCGCGCCCAGGGCCGCGUCUUGGCCGCCCUCGCCUGUGCACGCGCGCCCGUGGGCCGCGCCCAGCCCCAGCUCCGGCCACCCCCCUGCUGCUUUCCCUCAAGCUUGCGCACGCCCGGGGCGCGCCUCGCCCCUGCGGCCGCGGUAGCCCUCGCCUGCACCCCGCGCCGCUCGCUGCCCCCUGCGCCAGCGCCGGCCACCGCCCCUGCUACCUCCUCGAACGGCGACGCCGUCGUCCACCUACCGGCAACCCGGCGGCCCCCGUUCGCCCCUCCAGACGCGCGCGAGCGUGGGCAGCUCGCUGGUGCCCUCCACAGCCGCCGGCCGCCGCUCCCCGAGCCAUCUUCAGCCGUCGGCGCCCGCUGCAGAUGCGCCCACGCAUCCCACGCUGAUGUGGCAGGGCGUGCCCCCUUAUACCACUGGCAAUGGGCCCCGCGGCCCUAG